CAGUUAUUAUUGUUUGAAGGGAAAGGUUGUUCAAAACCCAGCUGAAGAUCAGAAACAAUCUGAAGCGUGAUGAAGAUGUACUACAGAAACAUGCAAGCAGGCUAAAUCGGUUUGGAUGAAAUCAUCGUCUUCGUUUUUGUCAUUUUUUUAGACCACACAUUCACGCAGGAGAACCUAUUUUACAGAGAAUUCUGGCCCCUACCGUAAACCCUUGUUUUCAUUUGCUGUGAGAGUAUUUUCACUUUAUAACACGAACCAUUACCAUUAAUACAUUUAAAUGCAUGAUUAUUAUUAAAAGAUAGCGUCGUGUUUGUGUCUGCAGCUCAACGUGAUCGCGCCACCUUCAGACCUCGGUCACCGUUUCGAGUUUAUCUCGGGCUGGUCUACAAGAUCCAGAACCUCCACGAUCAGAAACCGCUGCUGCUUCAACCAAGAGACUUCCAUCGAAAGAAAAAUGAUGCAGCGAACUGUGGAGCAUCUUCAGAUUCUGCUGAUCGGUAAAACCGGUUCAGGAGUAAGCUCUUCUGGAAACACUAUCCUGGGUGAAAAUGUGUUUCUGAGCGGUCGGAGCCUGACCUCCAUCACCAACAGAUGCCAAAAACACACGGCUGAAGUGUCCAACAGAAGAGUUACAGUAACGGACACCCCGACUUUCUUCAAUACCACCAAUAUUGGUCUCAAUGAGGAGUUAAAGAGAGGCUUGAAGACGUGCUCUUCAGGGAUCCACGCCAUUCUUCUGGUUUUCCCUUUACACACUUUCACUCAGCAAGAUGCUGAGACCAUGCUCUUAUUCAAGCAGAUGUUUGGUGAAAACGCUGUGAAACACACUCUAGUCCUGUUCACACAUGGAGACCAGCUUCAAAAUAAAUCAAUCGAUCAACUCAUUAGAAGCAACGCUGGGCUGUCCAAACUAACAGAGGAGUGUGGAGGGAGAUUUCAUUCACUGAACAACACGGAUCUGAACGACAGAGAGCAGGUCGCCAAACUCUUGACCAAGAUCCAGCGGAUGGUGUCUGAAAACCAGACCAGCUGCUACACCCUACAGAUGUUUGAGAGUCAGUCACGCAAAGCGCUUCUGCAGAGGUUUACAAAGAAGAAACCUCUGUGCGCAGUCAGUGCUUUUACUGUGUUUGCAUUGGGUUUUGUUAAUAUGAGGAACGAAGGGUCGUUUGAUGUCAACACGUUUCUGCGUGGUUGUGCUGGAGGGGUGUUAUCAGCGGUGUCAGGAGCCGUCUGCUCACAGAUACCCGACAGAUGGCUUCAGAGAUUCACUGAAGAGCAUCCGAAAUGCGUCAAACUGCUGGAAGUCACAAGCGGUUGUGCCGCUGGGUUGGUCGCAGGGUAUUUUGUGGCUCCAGGUGGUUUAUCAGCUAUGUUAUUAAAAGGAUUGCAAGGGUGUGUGGUUUAUACCCUCUUCAGACACCAUUUCAGAUAACCAUCCGAACUGCUGCGUGGAACAAACAUGUAUCUC